GCCAAUUCUCAACUUGAUCACUGAUCUCAACAUCUAUCUUCUACUCAGAAACAGGCCAAAAAAAUUCAAUAAAACAAUACACAAUGACACCUCCUCUCCAUCCACUAAUCGACAAUGGCCUCAAAAAAGGACGCAGCGAUUUCCCAGGAGGAAAACUACACUGCCACUGCCGCAACGACAGAGUGGAAGUAUCUCUCUCCAGCAACGUGCUCCACAACCACGUCUGCGGGUGUUCCAAAUGCUGGAAGCCCAAGGGCGCACUCUUCGCUAUCAUCGCCGUCGUCCCGGUUGAGAACGUCAAAGUCGUCGCCAACAGAGACAAGUUGGUUGUCGUUGACAAAAGUGCCGUCAUCCAGCGCUACGCUUGUAAGCAUUGCGGGGUCCAUUUGUUGGGCCGCAUUGAGCAGGAUCAUGCGUUCAAGGGGUUGGAUUUUGUGCAUGUGGAGUUGUCGGAUGAGAAGGGGUGGCAGGAGCCGCAGUUUGCGGCGUUUGUUUCGUCGACUAUUGAGCAGGGAUUUGAUCCCAAGGAGAUGGAUGGUGUGAGGGCGAGGUUGAGAUCACUCGGGUUAGAGCCGUAUGAUGCUUUGUCGCCGGCGCUUAUGGACGCUCUGUCUACUUUUACGGGCAAGAAGUUGGGGAAGCUAUGAUUCACCGGGUGGAGGGGGAGUUCGUGGAUGCAAUUAAAAAGGAAAUUUGGAAUGAUAAAAUCGAAUAAAGGAUGCUGAUUGAGAGAUUUUUUUCACUUUGUUCUGUGAUACAAAAAUUAAGCUUAAAAGCAUGGAAGGUUCUGGUUGCUAGUCAAUGAACUGACUGAUCACAACGAUUUUUAGAUGCACUCGCAUACUGUAUCUUAAACUCGAGACGUCGUUUAAAUAUUAGUUUAUAUAGAG